AUGCCACGGGUACUAGUCAAUGGCGGAACCUUGGAAAUACUGAUCAGAGUUGGAAGUCGAUCUGGCGCACCCAGAGAUUUGAAUGCGGGGUUCAGAACUCUGCUCCGACUCGCAGGCAUCGGUCUCCAUGGCCAAACCGACUUGUUGGGUACAACUCAAACAGUGACUCGGUUAGAGCACUCCAUAGGCGCAUCGCUGUUAGUGCGCAAAGUCGGUGCUAGCGUUGGAGAGCAAGUUGCGGGUCUUCUGCACGAUAUAAGCCACACAGUGCUCAGCCAUGACGUCGAUGGGGUCUUGUCAAAGCCAGGGGAGAGCUAUCAUGAGGUCCACAAGUCGCGGUAUAUCAUGACCACUGAGCUGCCACAGAUCCUUACCAAGCAUGGCUUCGUUGAUCUAAAACCGUUCGAUGAGGAGCUCUACCCUCUGGUGGAGAUGCCUGCUCCUCAUCUCUGUUCUGAUCGUCUCGAUUACUCUCUACGAGGUGCAGUCGCGUUCGGCAAACUUGCGAUAGAGGAUGCACGCCGUGUGUAUGACUCAUUCACAGCGUUCCCGGACGCGUCUUCACCACGUCGCUUGCUGGUCCUUCAAGAAGUUGAUUUGGCCAUGGCUUAUGCUAGGGCCUAUGCCGAAUGCGAUAGGGACGUGUGGUGCAACCCGGCUCAUGCCGUCAUGUCCCGGAAGAUAGGUCAGUUGAUUGGCGACCUAGUGCAACGAGGAUUGCUGAAGGAAGAGGUUCUAUGGAGUCUAUCGGAUCGCGAAUUCUGGGAGCUCCUCAAAAGUAAAGUUGACGCUAAAGGAUUGGAGACGAUGGAACACAUCGAAGCAGGGCCGCAUGCGGAAGAUUACCUACGUCUACCUCGUGGCACCAAGAUUCGCACAAUCGAUCCUGAUAUGCUCCUCCCCGGUGCCGAGCAGCCUUAUCCACUGUCUUCUACACUUACUCCCUUCAUACCCCCAAUUAUACAGAAUCCCACCAUGUCUGAAGCUCUGACGAAUACCGACCUUCAGGGUGCCCUCCCUCUUAUCGCCCGAGGAAAGGUUCGCGACCUGUACGAUGUCGACGAGAAGACCCUCCUCUUCGUCGCGACGGACCGCAUCUCCGCGUACGAUGUGAUCAUGGAGAAUGGAAUCCCCGAAAAAGGCAUCCUCCUGACCCUGUGCACGAAAACCUGGUUCAAGAUCCUCUCCGAUGCCAUUCCCUCUCUCCGCACCCACUUCCUCACCCUCGACCUCCCGCCUCAAAUCCCCGAGUCGCUGCGUCCCGUCCUCCAGAACAGAAGCAUGCAGGUGCACAAGCUGAAGAUCCUCCCCAUUGAGGCCAUCGUGCGCGGUUACAUCACCGGGUCCGCCUGGAACGAGUACAAGAAAACGGGCACGGUGCACGGCAUCAAGGUCGCCGAGGGUCUGCGCGAGAGCGAGGCCUUCCCCGGCGCCGUUGCUAUUGUCGGUGAACCCUAUGCCUCUAAGAUCGCCUCUCUCGCUAUUCAGCUGUACAAGGUCGCUCACGAGUACGCCCUUACUCGCGGCGUGAUCAUCGCUGACACGAAGUUCGAGUUCGGUCUGGAUCCUGAGACCGACGAGGUUGUGCUGGCCGAUGAGGUCCUCACCCCUGAUUCAUCGCGUUUCUGGCCUAAGGACUCCUACGAGAUUGGUCGUGGACAGCAGAGCUUCGAUAAGCAGUUCUUGCGUGACUGGUUGACGAGCCAGGGACUGAAGGGCAAGCCGGGUGUACGCAUGACCGACGAGAUUGCACAGAAGACUAGCGCGAAGUACCGUGAGGCAUGGGAGCGGAUCACUGGUGGUAACUGA